AUGUAUCCCAAGGUCGGCGACCUAGAGGCCGGAAACAAUGGCCACUUCUACCCCACGAUGCUCGAGAACCCCCAGUUCUGGUGGCCCUUCUUCCGAAAACUUUACACAAUUUUGCCCGUGCUGUUUCUUUUCACCCUCGGCUUCACCGCCGGCGUCGCCUUCAACUCUCGCAUGCAGCCGGUCUUCGGGUUUACGAAGCCCGGACUCUUCAUCUACUACGCCGUCAUUGCCUUCAUAUGGGAGAUUGUCGUGUUGGCUGCAAUUUUGACAAGCGUGGCCGCGGUCAGUCUCACCCUCUUCACAUUCUGUGGUGCCAGGAGAGGCCUUGAUUUUAGCUUCCUGGAGCCUUUUCUGUACUGUGCAUUCACUAUUCUCAUGGUUUCUGCACUCGUUCAGGAAAAAGGAAAUGAACAUGGGGGUGGAUGGAUGCAGGUGUUUUAUUGGAUGGAGGAGUUGGGGCAAACAUGCUAUGAGGCGGCGGGAGCGAUCAACUUCUCCGGCUAUCUCAUAUAUGUCACAGACAACCUCAUCAAGCGCUUCGACUAUGACCACUGCGUUACCCUUUACACCGACAUCAUCAACAUCUUCUCCAUGCUCCUCACUAUGUUGAGGAACUGA